AUGAAGACUAUUGUUGCUCUGUUGUGCCUGGUGGCUCUCGCCGCUGCUGCGCCCCGUGCGGUGCAAAGCAAGUACGGUUUCCCGAGUGGACGCGUCGUCGGAGGCAUUGACGCGCUCCCGGGCGAGUUCCCGUCCAUCGUGUCGAUCCAGCGCGUGAUCCUCGUCGUAUCCGCCCACGUGUGCGGUGGUAGCAUCCUGAGCAACUUCUGGAUCCUGACGGCUGCCCAUUGCAUCACCGAAAGCCCGGCCACGGCCAACUUCCAGAUUUGGGCUGGCUCGCACGAUGUCUCCGUCAGCGAGGACUCUCGCCAGGUGAUCAGCGUCGCUAGCAGCACCGUCCAUCCGGACUAUCUGGGAGGCGUCAACCCGACCGACAUUGCCGUCAUGCGUUUGGCCGCCCCACUGACCUUCACACCCCGUGUUCAACCGACCGUUCUGCCAACGCCCGGAAGCAUCCCGACUGGCCCAUCGACCCUGGCCGGAUGGGGCUCGACUGGUGGUGCCAUUCCGACCACCUCGAACAUCCUGCAGAAGGUCGUCAAGCCACUGAUCACCUAUGCCGAGUGCGAAGCCGCCGCUGGUGUCGAUUCUCCGCUUGGCCCGACCAACCUCUGCACUGGACCACUGACCGGUGGAGUGUCCGCUUGCUCCGGUGACUCCGGUGGCCCGCUGUACUCCAUCCAGGGCAGCCAGCAGAUCCAGAUCGGUAUCGUUUCGUGGGGCUGGAUUCCGUGUGGUACCGUCGGUUUCCCGUCCGUCUAUGUCGGCGUAUCGCACUACAUCGAUUGGAUCGAGAACAACACCAACUAA